CCCGUUCUUUUCACUUUCGUUGCGUGUUUUGGUCCAGUCCAGUUGUUUGUUGCUAAUUUAUGUUUAAAUAGAGCAUUAGCUGGCAUUGUGCAACAUGCUGCAAUGAUGCUGUGGACAAACGGCAGCAGCAACAGAUAAUAAAAGACGCCCCACAGCUCCCCGGGAGUGUGUGAGAGAGUGAGCGAGAGGGCAGGAGGCUGAGCCAGCUGAGUGUGAGUGUGCGAAACCGGAAAAGUAGCAACUGCUGGCUACCAAGUGAAGGACACGCACACGUACGCGGAUGCGAAUGCAGAGGCGAAUGCGGACAUUGCCCUGAAGCCACAACACCACAAUCAAAAAUGCGUCUGUUGCAGCUGUUGCUGCCGUUGUCGCUGCUCUGCGGUGCCAUCUCCUGCGCCAAUAUCCUGGCCGUGCUGCCCAGCGUGUGGAAGUCGCACUAUCUCUUUGGACGAAGACUGCUGCAGGAGCUGGUGGCCAGUCCACGGAAUCAUUCGGUCACCCUCAUCAGUCCUCAUGCCGUGGAGGCGGGUGGCAUGGAUGGAGAUGUGGAGCUGCCCAACAUCAGGGAAAUACGCAUUGAGGGGCUCAAGGAGAACUGGGUGGGCAUGGGCAUGAGCUUUGAGCCGGAACAGAUGCGUGCACAGAGCGUGAUGGAGCGUUUUACGCGGCUCAUCUAUGCGGGCACCACAAAUGUGGAUUUGCUGCUGUCGGAUCAGCAGGUGCGAAAGCUGAUGACCAGCGGCGAGAAGUUUGAUCUUUUGAUUGUUGAUUUGUUUCUAAGCGAUGCCCUCUUGGGCCUGGCCUACUACUAUGGCAUACCCACCGUUGCAAUCAGUCCCACCGGUGCCAAUUCCUGGCUAAACAACAUGUUCGGCAACCCACAGUCAUCGUCGCUGGAUCCGAGCAACUUUCUGCCCUUCACCGAGCGCAUGAGCACCCAACAGCGCAUCGUCAAUAGCCUCAUGAGCACCUUUGAGCGUCUAACCUACAACUUCUUUCAUUUGAUCUCCCAGCAGACGGUUUACUCGAAGCACUUUGAGCUGCUCGUGCAGGAGCUGCCGCAAUACCGGGAUCUAACAAAGAAUCUCAGUUUGGCGCUGAUCAACUCUCAUCCCGGCUUGAGCUAUCCGCGAGCCUAUCUGCCCAAUAUGCUGGAGGUGGGUGGCUUGCACUUGACGCAACACAAGGAGCAACUCCAAUUGCCAAACCAUUUGCUUUCCUUUAUGGAGGCUGCGGCGGGUGGUGUCAUCUACAUGAGUCUGGGCGCCGAUGUGCAGACAGCAAAGCUGCCCAGCGAAAAGUUGGCCUUAUUUAUGGAUGUUUUUGGUCACCUCAAGGAGUUUCAUUUCGUGCUCAAGUGGGAGAAUGAGGAUUUUGUAUCGAAUCUGGAGCUGCCGGAGAAUGUGAUGAUUGCCAAUUGGUGGCCACAGCAGGCCAUAUUGUCGCACUCUCCGGUGAAGCUGUUCAUCAGCAGCUGCGGCCAGUUGAGCGUUUGGGAAUCCAUAAUGGGGGACACGCCCAUUCUGGCCAUACCCAUACUGGCCGAACAGGAGGUGAUGGCCAAGCGUUUGCAGCUGCAUGGAGUCUCGCUGACGGUGAACUACGAUGCCAUAGCCUAUGAUUCCCUGCUGCAUGGCAUUCGGCAACUAACGCUGAACACCAGCUACACGGAGAGCUUGGUCCAACUAAAGAAACGUCUAAUGGGAGGUGGCUCUCCUUCCGCUCUGGCCGUGGGACAAAUUGAACUCAUUCUGGACUCGGGUGGCGCGGAUUUCCUCAAGUCCCAUGCAAAUACUCUGAACUACUGGCGAUUGGAGGGCCUGGAUGUGCUCGUGAUCAUUACCAUUGGCUUUGUUGGCAUUCUGACGGUGCCAUUUCUGGUUAUUUCGUGCAUUCUACGCAAAUCCUACUACAGCGAGACGUGCCAGCAGCCGACCCAUCGUUCCACACUCAAAGUUGUGGGCAGGGUUCAUAGCUAUGGCGAGCCAGGAACUUUCUCAACAGCCACAUCCACCGAGCCACUGAGACGCACGCGCUCGGCACAAUCCCUAUCCGCACGCUCCAGCUCUUCGAGCUUCAGCUCCGAAGCAACAGCGUCGACCACACCGUUGGACAUGACACCACCGCCACCGGUGGCUCAACUGCUGGGGCAUGUGCCUUCGCCAUUGCAGCUGUAUGUUAAUCAACAGCAACACCAGCAGCAGCGACCGCAGCGACAGAUAUACUCAAACAAAGCAUCACAAGAGGAGAACACAGAACGAAGGUUUUCAUAGCAGAACAACUCACAACGCAAACUUCAGAUAUCUUAAACAAUGCAUAUUAGUCAACCGUUUAGGGUUAGUUGUUAAUGUGUUGUUGUUAUUGUUAAUAUUCGUGUGGAGUUUGGUUUAUUUUUAAACGUCUAAGUUGUAAAUAGUUUUAAAAAUACUUUUUUGUGCGAGUUAGAGCCCCAAAAAACAUAUUUGUGUAUAUUUUAUUUGUAUUUCUUACACAAAACUGAUUUUAUGCUUAUGAUAUUAUAAACCCUAUUUGUCACAAUACCUUCUCCCUCCUCCCAUUAAAACUUCGAUUUGAAGACUGAGCAAUA